AUGGUGCAGACACUGCUCCUGACCUUCGUGUCCGGCCUCCUCGCCACCCUGCAGGCCCAGGCUGCCCCGGCCUUGCAUGAUGAGGUUGGGACAUGGUAUCUGAAGGCCAUGGUAGCAGACAAGGAGGUCCCAGGGAAGAAGGUGGAGGCCGUGGGCCCCAUCACCCUCACGGUCCUUGAGGGAGGCAACCUGGAAUUCAAGGGUGCGAUGCUGCUGAAUGGACAGUGCGAAGAGCAGAAGCUGGUCCUGGAGGAAACCAACGAGCCCGGCAAAUUCACAGCCUACGGGGGCAAGCGUCUCGUGUUCAUUGAAAAGACUCAUGUGAAAGACCACUACAUCCUGUAUUGUGAGGGCGAGUUCCAGGGCCAGCAGGUCCGCAUGGCAAAGCUUGUGGGCCGAGACUCAGGCAGUAACCAGCGGGCCCUGGAAGAGUUUAAGGCAUUCACAGAAGACCGAGGGUUCCACAUGGAGAUCUCCCUCCUCAAGCAAACGGUCCGUCCUGGGGUGGGAAGCUGGAGGACCCCAGAAUCUAUGGGGGUGGACUCAGAGCUGGCCGAAGUUGAGGUGAGACUGUAUGCGCACCCCAGGGCCCACGACCAGAGCCCUUGUGCAGGUACCUACCGGGCACGGGGCACUGACACUCACUCACUGCCUGAGGCCGGGCAGGCCCCAUGUGCACUGGCAACGGCCAUGGGCCUGGCUGUCCUGGGCACCGUCUCCCUCAAG